AUGGUUUCUAAUUGGACUAAUAAUGGUAGCAAUGAUGAAUUAAUCGGUAAUCCAAGUUUGAACAUAAUGAUUCUACAUAAUAUGAUAAUAUUUAUUUUUAUCAUUUUCGGCAAUACGAAUUUAAUUUAUGUAAUUUUGCGAAGUAAUGCCGUUCUGAAACGGAAACGUUUGUCUUCGGUACAGGUAAUUCGAUCAAUUUUAUAUUUUGUUAUGACACAUUUGAAUAUAUUGUGUCAAUUUCCAUAUGCAUUACUUCUACACAUGAGUGCUGCGGAUUUAUUGUUUGCAUUAUUAACAAUACUUCCAACUAUGCUUAUCAUUAUCACUGAUCCCAUAUUUUAUGGACCCAAUAUUGUAUGUAAAUUCGUCAAAUAUGUUCAAGUAAUGCCGUGCAAUAUUUUAUUUAAAACUUCUAUAUUUAUAGAGAGAAACGAAGAAAAAGCGAAACAAAAAGCUCAAAGAAAUUGGGUUAUUCCAAUGUAUGCGAGUUCGUUUCUUUUGGUUGCAAUCAGUGCGGAUCGAUACCACGCAAUAUGCCGUCCAUUGGCUGCGAUGCGUAACGAUUACUAUAAUAGACCAUCAGUAUACGCAGCAAUUGCGUGGUCACUGGCAGGAUUUCUUUCAAUUCCGCAAUUCUUCAAUUUUGCCAAGCAUGAAGAUGGUGAUUGUCGCGAUACUUACACAAGUGAAUGGCAGUAUUCACUGUAUGUAGUCUUUUUCAACAUAAUGGUAUGGUUAUUACCGUCUUCAAUUGCUGGAUAUUUCUAUUAUAACGUUUGUCGAUCUGUACGUGUAAAAGCACAGCGAAUAGAACUUGAUAGAAGACAUGUCCAGACCGUGAAAUUAACGUUAACAAUUGUCGCAGCAAAUUUCAUUUUAUGGGCACCAUUCUGUAUUAUAAAUCCGGUAUUUGCCACCUACAUAAUGUUUUUUGGUAACCUAAAUAGCUGUAUGAAUCCAUGGAUUUGGUUUCUUUUCAAUAAAGAAAGUGUGAAAAGAGCGUUCUGUUCGGGUAACAAAAAAGUGUUGAGGUUAACGCGUUAA